AUGCUCACUUUGGGUGAUGAAUAUGUCAAGGAACAAAGUGAUUAGGAGACAAUGACGACACUUUUUUUUCAAGAGUCACAAAUUCUGUUGAUAAUAGCAAAGAAACACCUAAUCCGCCCACUUCUUCAUACUUUUUCGUAUUCUUUGUCGUUAUCAUGUGGUCCUUUAAUCAAUCUUUAAUCUCUAACUGCGAAAGUUCCACCUGUGAAUCCUUCACCACCCGUAUUUUCAACACGUUCCAACACGUGACUUUGCCCUCGUGGCUCUCUGCCUCUGUGCCUCUGCCGAACCAGGUGGUUGAACAGGCCAACAAUAUUCAAGUCUUUCUCCGUUACCGUGGUCUCCAUGGGGAUAAUGACGUCUCCCCCGCUACUUUGAAGGCCAACCCGUCUUCUCCUGAAAAAGAGGUCUUAUUCGGCAAUGAGCAAGAACGCUAUACCUUUGAUCAUGUCUUUGAUCAAUCUUCCUCCCAAGAAUCCAUAUUUCGCCAAGUGGCUGAACCCAUGAUUGAACAAAUCAUGAACGGUUAUAACUGCGCCGUGAUCGCCUGCGGACAAAGCGGUUCUGGCAAAUCAUAUACCAUGCAAGGAAAUAUGGAGGAAUUUUCCAAAAACUGCCCUGUCGAUGCAGGCAUGGUGCCUCGAACCCUCUACCGACUCUUUGAAAACUUGCGACUUUGCAAAUACGAUGCCGCUGUGCAAAUUUCCCUUGUCGAGCUCUGCAACAAUCGUCUUUGCGAUUUGCUCAGCAUUCAUGACAACCAUUCCAAUCUGGGGGUCCAACUCGACCCCAUUACUUCCGCUGUGACAAUCCAGGGGUGCAACGAACCAUUAAUUCGCUCUGCUGACGAAGGCCUCAGCAUUCUUCGUUAUGGCAUGAAGGUACGAACCAUCGGCGCCACGAACUCGCAUACAGCUUCAAACCGUGGCCACUGCUUUUUAACUAUUAAAGUCAAUAUCCGAGACAUCGUCGGCGAUAAGGCUAUCAUUCGGAGCGGCAAACUGGCCUUUGUCGACCUUGCUGGUUCCGAACUAAAUACCGAAGGCUAUCUCAGCCAUGUCUUCCAAAGUGAAACUGCUUACGUCAAUAAGGGCUUAUUGGCCCUUCAAGAUGUCAUCCAGGAACUGGCCGGCUCCGGAUCUACCAACUUAUACGGAUCUAGCAUGCUGACAUGCUUACUUAAAGAUUCAUUGGGUGGUCAUACCCAGACAUGCAUUCUGGCUACUGCCUCAACCGCCGAGGCUCACUACAAUGACACAUUGGCCACUUUAAAAAAUGCCACUCUUGCCAGACAAAUUGCCAAUUACCCGCGUACUAAUGCAACUACCUAUCACGAUUAUCAUGCCGGCGCUCUAGAAGUGCCUAACGAAAAACCCAAUGCAGAAGUAAAGUACAAUGAAGAAACGAAUCAAGUCAGCAUGUCCAAGGAACUGUUCUGUGCUUGGGAACAAGAAAUGAAGAAAUUGAAAGAAUCAUGCCAACAAAACGUUGACGAAUUGCAAAAAUACAGAGAACAAAUGUAUCAAGAAGGACAACGCGGGAAUAACUGCGCCCCUGGUUUUGGAAACCAAAUAUUGAACGUUACCAAAAAGGAGCCGGAGAAGAAAGCACAGGUGGCCAAGUUGACAUUGCAAAUUCAACAUCAAGGUGAAAUGAUGGAGCACCAAGCCGUUUAUUCCCGGGAGAUAAUCGCUGCGUUGAGUAGCACUAUUCAAGAAAAGGAGGAGCAGAUCGCCGCGUUGAAUGAAAGGGUGACUAGAUAUGAGCAGAUCAUCAAGGAACAUGAUGAUAAAAUCACCCGAAUCACGGAAAGAAAAGAUGGAGAAAUCGCGCAGCUGAAUGCACAAAACAAAGAAAUCAUCUUCAUCAGCAAAAGAAAGGACGAAGAAAUAGCACGACUGAAUGAAACGGUGGUGAAAUGUGAACAGACUAUCGAAGACAAGAACGACGAAAUUAAACGCAUGUUCAAAGUUCACGGUCAGCGAAGGGCCGUUGUGAUUGAAGUCGUUGAGGAACGUGACCGGAUGAUCGAGGAGGACAAGAAAGAAGUGGAAAACCUAAAACGCACAAUUGAAUUCAACCAAAGAUACCACGACACAUACGUGCAAGAUCUUGAAGCAGAGAUGGAAGCUCAGCAAAUAUUGCUUCGAAUCAAGGAUGAAGAGCUUCAAAAGCUGAAGGCGUUCGAUUCUAAACACGAGCAACAAGAAAAUGAUGAGGCUGGUAUGAUGAAGAGAAUCGAUCAAGUAGAGAACCAAGUGCCGAGAUGCUACACCACGCUUACUACGGUCAAUGAAACCAAAAGCCCAGAGCCAGCCAAGGGAAUACUUCGGGAUGCCAGUAACCAAGCAACGGGCAAGAGGAAGCGAAAGGUUGAGUUCGCCGACAAUUUGGUUACCGAAUAUUCACUUGAUCCAUUGGCACACGAUGAGUCGGAAAUCCAAGACGUCAAGGAAGAACCCCCGGACCGAUCGUUCAACAAGGAGAAUCAACCUCGACGACGCCUUAAACGACAGAAAAGUUUCAUCAUGUAAUUCCGCAACAGAUCGCCACCUUUCAAGUUUCCUAGUCUUCCUUCCUCCUUGCCCCCCCCUUUCUGCCAUUGUCGAUAUUUUUUUUAUAUGUUUUUAUCCAUUAUUUUUACCCUUCACAGUUUCCGUUUUAUCACUUGCUUACGUAUAACCCAGCUUAUGAAAAAAAGAUUUAAACCAGAAAGAUUUUUAAAAUUGAUCAAUGAUUGCAUUAUCCA